CCAAAUGCGUCGCCCACGCAUGAUGAAAUACUUUUCGGCUGCGCGAAAAUAAACGCCCGGAAGCGCCGAGUGUGUUUCAAUGCCAGUCAGCAUAAUUAAGUGCCUGUCGCGCUGUGUAUCUUGUCUCAUUCAGCUCUCCGUUAUCGCCCAAUUCGUGUGCGAUAAGAGCAGUGUGCAAUAACUCCGCCGGCGAGAGCGGAGCUCAUUAGUCUUGGUCAACAUUGUGAAAUUGGGCAGAUGACAUCGCACAAGUGCCCAGAGUUUGUGGUGGACGAACUGCUGGCGAUUGCCAGGAAGCUUGGUGUGCAGCGACCGCGGCUCACCUUCGAGAGCGGCUCCAACCGCGGGGAUGGAUUCAUCGGAGUGGUGACGCGUGUGGUGAUUGUGGACGAGGAGAGCGGCGCCGAAAUCCGCCUCAUUUGCAAACACUUGAAGCGCGAUCCCAGCGAUUGUGAGCCCUUCACCACCAUGGACAUGUUUCAGCGGGAGAUUUUCCUCUAUCGCCGCGUGCUGCCGGAGAUUGUGAAGCUGCAGCACGAGAAGAACGUUCAGCAAAAUGAGGGCUUUUUCACCUUUCCCACGUGUCACUUUGCGGAAUUCAACGAGAAGAGCCAGGAAGCGGCGCUCGUCUUCGAUGAUUUGCGCUUCGAGGGCUUCGAGAUGCUGGAGAAGACCAAAAUUCCGGAUGCUGACCACGUGAAGAUGCUGAUGAAGCAACUCGGGCGUCUUCAUGCGGUGUCUUUCGCCCUGCGAGAGCAGAAACCUGAGAUUCUGCAGAGCUUUGAGUGUCUGGAAGAUUUGGUGACAAAGCUAAUGGCCAAGAAAUGCAUGCUUUCGCUGCCGAGGAAGAAUUGUCGCCUCGCACAGACUCUUCUGCGGCCAGAAGAGACACACAUCAUGGAGCAUUUUCGACGCUGGGAAACGAGCAUGUGGCAGGAAGUUGCUGAAGCGAUUGCCAGCAAGAAUGCCGAGCCGUACGCUGUUAUCAAUCACGGCGAUUGUUGGAUCAAUAAUCUCAUGUUCAACGACUCCAAAAUUUGCCUGUUGGACUGGCAAACAUCGCGCUACGGAUCACCAAUGCUGGACCUCAUCUACUUCUUCUUCACAUGCACAGACAAAGCCUUCAGAGAUCAGCACUUCAGGGACUGCCUGGAUGUCUAUUAUGACUCCCUGGAACGUCUUCUGGAAAAAUUGGGCGGAAACGCGGCAAGACAAUUCCCCAAAGCUGUGAUGGAGGAUCAUCUCAAGAGAUUUGCGAAGCUGGGAAUGGCCAUGUCCACAUUCACCACGCCACUGGACAGCGGAUACGUGCGAGAACACACUGAGGAGCCUGAACACGUCCUUGUAGAGGCGAACAAACAUCAAUACGAGACGAGAAUGCGAGGAAACAUCAUGGAUUUCUUCAGUUCGAACUUUAUGCAUUAA